AUGAGUCGAACAUCGCAUUUUCCAACCCUCUACUCUAGUAAGCAUCUAGUUCUGUAGUAUAUGAACAUAUGUAGACAGAGGGUCUUGGUGGCGUACUGCGGGAGAUUUGUUUACUAUUCACGCAACGAAGCGGAUCAGCGUCGCGAUACUCCCAUUAGCAACACACGAAGACCUAGACGCGUGUGUGACGAAUCGAACGAGGGACGCUUUGAUGAUUCACUCAUUCACUGUUUCUCGAAAAGGCGGUGUACUACUCCAAUUGAAGUCGUCGUCGACGCGACGAUCAUAACAUGCAUGCUUGCAAGCUGCAAGUUUCAGCCCAGCUGAGGGCGUCCACCCACUGCACGCAAAUAAUUGAAUUACGCUGACCUAUCCAAAUUGACCUCCGUUAGAAGGGCGGGAGGGUCCGGUUUUUGUUUCUGUUUUCUUCAAAUAGGUCACACUUAAAAGUAGUCAACAUACGACAACAUUCGUCAACAUUCUUCUAAAAAUUGCAACUUAAGCGAUGGAUGUGGAACAUAAAUCCAAAUAUAUAUGUCGUCCCGCCCAACCGGCCCAACCAACGGAGAGCGACAUCACGAGCUGACGACGGCUGCAUAAAUGAGAGAAAUUCGCUCUUCGCCCGUUCUAGUUGCUCUCUCAGCCCCGGGAGCGAUCCCAAUUCUGUUCGGUUGGCAGCUCUGGUUGCAUAGGGGGAGUUGUCAAAAUCCCGUGAUAAACGCAUCAGAAAACAAAAAUCUUCAUCAAUUUGUUUGUUUACCACCCCGGUUUUAAGGCGAUCAGCUCGGAAAUUCUACUUGGUGCGAUAUGUUCCUGGACUGAUUAACAAGCGUUUUUCAUUUGUAGACUGAGAAUUAACGCAAAAUUGAGGCCUACCGAAGCAACUGCAGAAAGUGAAGGAAUGUCUCUGCGCAAGGGAGGUCACGUUCGCUGGGCGUUCGACUUUAGCAACUGGAAGCCUACUGCUACGGAUUUGUUGCUGGCUACAUCGUGCAUCCAGCCGGAGGAGAAGACCCGUUUGGCCAGGUUUGUUUUCCGGGAUGAUUUCAAUGCUUCCAUAAUCGGCAGGUUGAUGAUGCGAAAGUUCGUACACUUGGCGACCGGACUAGAUUAUGAGAAGAUCGAGUUCGAUCGAGAUCACAAGGGUAAACCUUACUUGAAGAACGUUGGACACCUGGUGGAUUUCAAUGUAUCACACCAGGGCCGGUACGCGGUUUUGGCCGGAAUUGUUUUCGAUGAAACUGUUGAACCGCACCCGAAAAUUGGAGUCGAUAUUAUGAAGAUCGAGUACAGCGGAGGAAAAGCUCUCGGAGAUUUCUUCAAGCUAAUGGACCGAAACUUUUCCUUCGAGGAGUGGAACUACAUCAAGAGUCGACCCGAUGAUGGGGAACGUUUGGAGGCUUUCAUGCGAAAUUGGUGCUUAAAGGAGAGCUAUGUUAAGAAUGUUGGCGUGGGAAUUACCAUCAAUUUGAAAAAGCUUGAUUUUUCCAUCUGCACAAAGCAGUUGGAUACACGAAAAGUCGUCUGUGAUAGCACUCUGAGGGUGGAUGGUACCCUGGCCGAAGGCUGGCGCUUCGAGGAAUCUCUUAUCGAUAAGGACCACUGUGCAGCUGUGGCACUGGAAAACAUUCCAAAAGAUUUGGAUCUUACAGGGCAUUAUUUCGAAAUUGUAAAUUUUCAAUCUCUCAUCGAAGGACACAAACCACUUUUGGCCAUAGACGAAAACUACUGUGACGGUAUUAUAAAUAAGGAAUAUAAAAAGACUAAAUAAAGUUAUUACCUUUUUGGUGUUGGUUUUAUGUAUAUUUUACACAUAAGUUCGUUGACUUGUUCAUUACUCCGAAACGAUGUCAAAUAUUGAUAAAACUUAUGAGGAACGUCUUCAUACGCAAAUAGACACAAUUUAUGUUCAUGAGUCACGAAA